GAAUAAUCCUGUCUGUGUGCGAGGAGCAAUUUUCCUCGUUCUUCGAUCGUCGUCCUCGAAAAUCAGUCCCCGGAAAACACAGGAACCCUAAUUCCGCGUCAGGUUUUGCCUGAGGAUUUGUUUCUUUUUCCAUCCGAGAAGAACAAAGAAAGACUUUUGAGGUAAAGUGAAGGAGGGUUGAGCUGGGAAGGAGGUGAUGGCGGGGAGGGAAGUUCGAGAGUACACAAAUCUUUCCGACCCUAAAGAUAAGAAAUUAGGGAAAGGGAAGGACAAAAUAGAUGAUGAGGACGUCACCUUCCAACGAAUGGUUGCAAAGAUGCAGGAGGUUGCUGGUGAGCGUGGAGGCUAUCUUCACGGCCGAGGCGCUCUGGAUAGUGAUGAUUUACUUUACCUCAAAGAGCAGAUGGAAGCGGAGGAGGAUGCAGAACGUCUUUUGAGACGGACUGAGAAACGGGCUUUUGCUGCAUUUAAGAAAGCUGCAAGCCAAGCAGAUUCCUCGACGGCAUCACUUCCUUUACCACUUCGUGUUGAGCCGAAACCGAAGAGCGGGAUUAGACAGCAAGAUUUGCUGAAAAAAGUGGUCGAGGUUAAACCCAAACGCCCGAAAGUCUCAAACCUGCCAAGUAGGAGCCAAUCUCCACCUGUUAAAACAGACAGAGGUCCAACUGACGGGAAGAUCGACAGUGGCAAUGAGCGGAAAAUGGAAGAAAAGACACCAUCAAGACCCGACGAGCCACGGGAACUCCCUGGAGGAGACAAAACGGAUGGUGAGGCAGAAACCAGGAGGAAGAUUGAAGGCGAAACCGCUGUGAGAAGCUUACUUGGGUUAGCAUAUGAGAGUUCAGAUGAAGAAUGAGAGGAGGAUGUGAUUGAAGAUGGGUUUGUUCUAGUUCGACAAUUAGGGUUUUUGUUGUCUUAUUGGAACACACGUUUUGCUGGAUGAUCUCAGAUAUAUGUCAGAAAAAGCUUAGUAGAAGGGGGUCUUGCUUCUUGCUUAAGGUUCAACAAAGCGCAUUCGCUUCAAAGUCCAUUUGUUGUAAUUGUUGAAAUGGAACAGAGUUGGUUGAAAUGGUCUGUGAAAGCUUCAGUUACUA